AUGGCUCCUUCGAGUCAGUCACGGCCUCGACGCGCUGCACGGGUGCGAUACAACGAGGACAGUGACUCUCUCGAUCUCUCCGACUUCGAUACGAGACCUCAGCCACCACGGGCUGCUCGCCGCAGAAUCCAGACCUACCGGGAAAAGAGUAGUGAUGAUGAAGAUACACUGGAAAGUUCGUCGGACGACUCCGACUCCCUGUCAGAGGAGGUCUUGCCGCAGCAAGGGACGCGAUCGCGCCCCAGAGCAAUACACAAGCCCUCUGCGAGACCCCAAAAACGGAGAACUCAAGUGGCUGGAACAAGAGCAGUCGGAAAUCCCUUCAGCGCAUACAAAAGACAGAAAACGGGGGCGCACGAAGUCAGCCACAGCAAACCCAAGAAUGCCGUCACAAUUUCACUGCCACCGAGUGGUCGCAUCCCCCCAUGGCAACAACUUCCUUACCAAAUCCUUGUGAGCAUCAUGAAAUAUGCAGCAUAUCCGCUGUACGAAUCCCGGUCUCGGCCCAGGGCCUCAAUACACUGGCUCUGUUCGUUGUCGGUCCUCUGUCGGUCUUUCCAUGAUGCUUGUACAGCCGCCUUGCUCCAUAAUCCUCCCCUGUAUCCCGAUGUUCGAGCUUACGGUCUCAUUCACCUGUUGCAACACGACCAGGACAAGUUGAUGACAAACUACCGCAGAAAAAUACAUUACCUUGAUAUCGAGGUCAAGCAUCUUCUCGCCAGGAAGAGUGGUAUUGCUCUAGAAGAUCUGAUAUCUUACACGCCUUUGCUACAGGGCAUGCGAUUGUAUUCUACGUACGACGAUUGGAGAACCGAGGUAUGGGCUCAACCAGGAGUGCGCAAGAUCCACUGGUCCUACCCACCGGAGCUAUUUGAUCUCCUUGACAGUAACAAUAUUAUUCUAAAACAAUUUGAGUGGAACGGGAGGUUUCCUGGUCCGACAGAAGUGUUGGAAACAGCACUUGCCGUCCACUCAAGACCGGCUUUCAGCAGACUGCAGGAAUUGUCGCUUUUGAACUUGACUGCUCCCGAGAAGUCAAGUGACGUCGACAUUGCAAGUUCACAAAGUGUAUUUACGCGGGCUUUGGAACACCUCACGUCGUUGAAGCGACUGUCCCUCACCAGCUGCGGUUACUUGGAUGAAUCCACUACCCCCAUGCUUCCAAUCGGACUCGAAUACCUCGAGAUCGAUAACUGCGCUGAGCUGACUUCAGCCGCGCUCGAGCGAUACUUGCAAGUCGGCGGCAGCACCAUACGAACCCUGAAGCUGUGCGACAAUCAAUCCAUGUCACUGGGUUUCAUGGCCGACUUGAAUACCAUGUGCCCUCGCCUGCAGGAUAUCGACGUGGACAUGCUGUAUGUCGACCCGACGUCAUAUCGCGAUCGAGACCCCCUGUACGACGAGCUCCUUCCGAAUGGGCCUCCGACGUGGCCGUCCAGCCUCGUCAACGUUUCGUUUGAGAAUAUGCGUCAACUAUCAGCCGAGGACGCCGAGGACUUUUUCGACUCGCUCGUCGAAUCUUCGCGGCACCUACCCCACCUGAAGAGACUCAACAUCAAGGCCAUCCUAAAGAAUGCCAGCUGGCGGGAUCGAGCACAGCUGCGGAAGAUAUGGCUGCCCAAGCUCCAGAACGUCUUCCUCAACAGAUCGAAGCCCUCUGCCCCCGGGCCCGUCGCCAUCGCGGCUGGAAGUCACACCAAACGCCCGACCCCCUCUCAGCGACAGAGCAGCAGGAUCGCCGAGAGCCUGAAGCGGAUGAGCACAGGAGACGAUACGGGCGAUAGCGACGACACGUCCUCCCUUGCCAUCCAGGGUCGGUGCGACGUGGUCAAUCUACAGAUCUCCGACCAGAGGCCCGCCCAGGACCAGUUCCGCGAAGAUGACUUUUUAGACGACGAGCCAAGUGACGACGAUGAGUGGAUGGGCGUGGAUAGAGAGCCGGUCUUGACUGGGUAUGCUUGGUGA